AUGGAUGCUGCAAACAGAGAACGGCUGGAACGUUUAAGUGAAGAUGAGAUAGUUGAGGAAACAUCUGGAGAUGUUGUUGAAUAUUGUGAAGUAUUAGAAAGUGAAUUUCAACCCAUGGUGGCGGCAGUUGCCAGCAGCAAUAGCAGUGGGCCACAGAUAACUGAAGAAUCUGAACUCGAAUCAAAUGUCUGCUGUCGACGUAAAUCCAAAUCAUUGGCCAAUAAUGCAAGUGGCAGCUCCGCGAGUAGUACCACAAAACGUCGUUGCCGCAAAUGUAGUUGUCGUGAUGCAAUCCGUCGUAUAUUGGAUCCCUCCCUCUCACGGUCAUCGAAUAAAGCCCAAAAGCAACUGCAACAACAGCAGCAGCAAUUAGAAAGGGAACAAAAAGCACAAAGAACAAUUGUUGAAAGACAUUCCAUACCCAAUUUACCCAGUAAUCGUAUCGUAAAUGCCCUGCAAAGAAAUUCAAUGCAUUCCACAGGAACUUCGGCUACUGCUGCAGCUGCCGCCCUGGUAAUACCAGCUGUAACGACCGCCACCACAACGGCGGCGGCCGGUUGGAAUACAACAGCUGCAGGCACAAAUGGUAGUGAUGUCAUAAUACCGCUUACCACCACCCCAUCACAAUUUGUUGUGGUCCAGUGUGCUAUUGUGAAUCCUGCAACAACGGCCGUUACUUCAGCGACAUUACCCGCCAAUAGCAUUAUAUCCAUUACGCAGAAUCCUGUCACAGUUGCUGCAACAUCAUCAUCUGUUCCAUCAUCUACCACAUCUUCCUCCACCGCAGCCAAGAAUAAUGAUUUAAAGGUUCAAGUUCCUUAUAGCCAGUGUGCGCUACGAAAUCCAGUAAAAAGUUCCACAGCGCCAACAACUGGUGUACCCGCCACAGCAACAACAUAUCAUGCUCCUCCCUCGGGUACUGCUACUAGCAGCAGCAGCAGUAGUAGUAGUGCCACUGUUCCUGCGACUGUUACAAAUGGCCCCAUUGUCCAUUCCCAAGUUGAUUUUGUACACUAUUUGGUACCCGAUUUGGAACGUAUUACCAAUUCCAGUUUCUAUUGGGGUAAAAUGGAUCGCUACGAGGCUGAACGUCUGUUGGAGGGCAAAGAAGAGGGUACAUUCCUGCUAAGAGAUUCAGCACAAGAGGAAUUUUUGUUUUCGGUAACAUUUCGAAAAUAUGGCAGAUCAUUGCAUGCACGUAUUGAACAAAGUGGUCAUCGUUUUAGUUUUGAUUGCCAUGAUCCUGGAGUUUUUACAGCCAGUACCGUUACCGGUCUAUUGGAACACUACAAGGAUCCGGCAUGCGUCAUGUUCUUUGAACCCAUGCUAACCAUCCCAUUGCAUCGUAAAAAUUGCUUUUCACUGCAGCAAUUAUGUCGUGCCACAAUUGUCUCGAACACCACCUAUGAUGGCAUCAAUGAACUGGAAUUGCCAGUACGCCUAAAAUCCUAUCUAAAGGAAUAUCAUUACAAGCAAAAGCUACGUGUCAAAUCAAAUGAACCCACCUAUAACAGCGUACACUGUAAAUAGUGUAGAAACAUUACGGCCAAUAUGAGCCGUGAAGAACAAGAGAUAUUACCCAUAACCACGUAUCACAAGGCAUACCAUGUUUCGCGUCAACAAUAUGAACGCGAUACAUAUCAGCAACGUUUUCUCAAAUGGUAUGAAGAGAAGAUGCGUUCUUUAGAAGAACGCAAGAAAUUGCAUAGACACAAAUGUGUGAUUUUCUAAAAAAAAAA